CUUGACUUGGUAACGAUGUCAGAUUCGGUUUGUAUCAUUGCAGAUCGGGAAAAGCUGGCUGAAUCGAUUGGUAGAUUUCCGUGCACCGGAGAGUCCCAAGAGAGUUGUGUUCCGCAAAACAGUUGCAACUCAUUAUUCGCUACGAUGAAACCUGUUCCUCACGUGCUGUUUGUAUUUGCCAUUGGCAUAGUGCAAAUUUUCGGAGCAUGCAAUUUAGGAUUUGGAAAGACACCACCGACUGGAGUACAGUUACACAUCUUGCAUGCCCGCAGUGGCCCAGAAUCUGUACCGAAAAACAUGUCAUUGGUGUUUGAUUACCAGGUUAGCCCAGUGGAAAACGUCAAUAUAACGUAUGUGAAUGUGACUACUUCACUGACGAAUGGUUGUACAUUCUCACAUCCUGCUAAUGGAGAUAUUACGAAAGGAUUUAAGAUAACCGUUAGCACCCACGAACCGGUACUAGAGCUGAGCGGUACUGCUAUUGUCUAUGGAUUGCGUUAUGGUAAUUGGUAAUAAUUUAGCCGUGAGAAAGUUAUUUAGGUGUACAUAAUGAAUAAAACUUAGGUGAAAUGAACAAUCCUAUUAUUAUACUAUAACAGUAAUACGUGAAAAAAUGAAUAAAAUAUCUUUUGAGUAAUUAUGUCUGAGACAAACCAA